UCGCAGAAGCUCUGCGUUACAUGAUAAGCAAAUCUGCUCUGAUACAAAGUUCAUCGAUUGAAUAAAACGACCAUAUUUAAGGCGUAAUUGUGAAGCGAUCGUGAGGGUGAGUUCUGAAAAUCCCCGAUAUCCUGCAUCGUGUCUGCGCUGAACAACGAGUGGAAGCAGAGGCUGUCAUGUGGUCCGGUGGAAAACCCGGAUUGGAUCUCCUUGGUCACCUGGGCUAAGGGCUUGAAAGCAACACUGUUUUGGAUGGAAGACUAUUUCCAACCUGUCCAAGUUCGAUCAAAUAAACCAACAGUGAUUGACUUCAAAAUGUUGAACAGCCAAAUUGUGUCCGUCAGUGUUUUAAUGGCCACAUUAAAAAGUGCAUCUUACUUUAAAUCGACUUUUAAUACCCUAAUUUGUAUCCAAUGUCUUCAUAACAAGCGUUUGUACAGGUCACAUGAACUAAUACAAUUACAUACGAGCACACAUUGGAGGAUUACAGGGCUAUUUCUCCAGCUAAUCAACAGCAGACUCCACUCCAUAUUUUAGAGCUCGCUACCGCCCGCCAGCAGCCGCCAAACGAGCCGUCGGGAAACGUUACGGAGCCACAGAGAAAAACCCGGAGACACAAGUAGACAACACCACAACAACCAAAAACCAGCCCCGAAUCGUUGCUCCGACGAUACUACAUCCCGAAUCAAUUUAAAAGCCCAAAACAUAUCCCGUUCAAAUCCACGAAAUACACCCCGCUGUGGUCGGAGAACAGGCGAAGCGAGAGGUCGUCGAGAGAAGACGUCCCCGGCUCCGCAGCGGCCUCCAUUUUAGCUCCUCGCCCGACGGCUACCUCACGUGUCCUGGACUGUCUUCCUCACAUGACCCGUGUGUUUGUCCCCGUGAUCAGCACUUCCAUCUCCCUAUAUAUAUCAGUGUCGCUGGAUAUCGCGUUUUGAAACUGCAACCUUCAUGGAUAUGCUCGAACAGAGUUUGGACAGCUCGACGAGUCACGAAAAACAGGAAACUGAAGAGGUUGUCCAGUUGCAGGAAGGAGAAACGGUGGGGACUGAGGAGCAAACGGCAGUGACCAUCGCCAGUGUCCAGCAGGCUGCGUUUGGGGAACAUGUCCAGUACCAGUUCCGCACAGAGAACAGCGGCGGCCAGGUAACCUACCGCGUCGUCCAGGUCUCGGACGACCACAUCGAGACGACCACGGACGGGUCGGGGUCCGUCAGUGUGGUGUCGGCCGCAGCCUUCGCCGGCGGCCCCCAGGCGGUGGCCCAGGCCGUCAUCCAGAACCCCUUCAGCAAUGGGGGCAGCCCGGCCGGGGACUCGGUGGGCGGGGAGACCCGCUUCGCCUACUUCCCCGCCGCCACGGUCAGCGACGGGACGGCGGUGUCGGUGCAGGCGGCGGACCCCACGCUCACGCAGGCCGGAGGUCAGUUCUAUGUGAUGAUGAGCCCCCCCGAUGUGCUGCAGGGUGGCACGGGACGCACCAUCGCCCCACGCACGCACGCCUACUCUGCAGACCUGGCAGAGAGCGAGAUGCUGCAGCAUGGAGGUUCUAACUGGAAGAUGGACGGACCCCGGGCCCCCAGAGACGAGAGGCGGCGAGCGCAGCACAACGAAGUGGAACGGCGGAGAAGAGACAAGAUCAACAACUGGAUCGUCACCCUGUCAAAGAUCAUCCCCGACUGCAACAUAGACAGCAGCAAAACUGGAGCGGACACGGUUCUCUCUGUCCAGAGUAAGGGCGGCAUCCUGUCCAAGGCCUGCGACUACAUCCGGGAGCUCCGUCAGAACAACGCCCGGCUGCAGGAGGGCUGCAAGGAGGUGGAGCGCGUCCAGGUGGACAACGAGCUGCUCCGACAACAGAUAGAAGAGCUGAAGAACGACAACGCCCUCCUGCGGGCGCAGCUCCAGCAGCAUGGCAUCGAGCUCAACGGAGACCCCGUCUCCCAGUGACCCCCCCCCCCCACCCUGACGAACUGGGAAACGCACUCAGACGCACGCCAUAACCAAGCACACCUCCCCACUCACACACAUCCGAAGCGGCAGGAAUCCCCGCCGAAAGGACAAAAGUCAGGAAGUCGGUACCUGCACAAGCCACGCGACCUCUGGUGGAGAAGCGGUGGGACACGGCGAAACACAAACGCACACACAAACGCACACGCACACACAUGCACGAGGCCUAGGGCUAGGGACAAGUGUGUGUGAAGGGGCUAUUCUUCCGGGCGUGCGUGCGCUCUCUCACUGACAAUAACCCGUCGUGACAGCCCCGCCUUCCUUAGGACGCUUUACAGGAGUCUUCACGGCGGCCCGCCGAAAAAACACCGAAUCCUUCUCAGAUUAUUUUUUUUUGGUUCGAUGCAAACCACAGAGACUGGACGGUUUACACCCCCACUAUUGGAACCCGUUUGUUUUGAUUUUAAAGGCUACUGCAUUUCAGUUUUUAUUUACCUCUGACAAUUGCUGUGUUUUAAGCUGCUGUGGGAAAGAACAAAAACAACUUUCAGUUUUUGUCAUUUUAAUUUAUUAGUCUUCAGAGAACAUGUAUAAACAGUAGGCGUUUAAAUUAAUUAAGUCAUUGUGCAAGAUGAAGAGUAUGAAACAGAGUCUGGGUGUUGAUCUUCCCCCCCCUCCCCCCCCCCCCCCACCGAGUAUGUGACAAAUCGUUAUCUAAUCCUUCCUAUGCCAGUUUGUUAACGGCUGUAGUACUUUUCCAGCUCAUCCGUUGCAUAUUUGUGACUCAUGCGGACUCCCCCUUCGUCAGUGAGCACUCGCUAACUUAAGUUAUUGUUAUGUUUGUUUUAAUUUGGUAAUAUUUCAAUGGUGCUGGUCCAUUUGUUGUAAAGCAUCUCAUAACCGGCGGGGCGAGUUGAAGGACUGUGGGACUGACGUGUGCUGCUGUCGGGUGGGUUCAAAGGGGACAUAUCAGACCACCAGGCGUGAGUGUGAUUAGCCCAUACAAGCCGUUUUUGAAAAUCUGCAUCACAAGUGGGCGUGUGCACCUAGACGUGUGCUGGGUAGAUCAGUCUUACCAGCCUACACAGUGGACUGAAGCAAACGUUGCUCAUCUAUCCAGCACACAUCUAGGUGGACUCGCCCACUUGUGACGUCAGAAGACGCCGAUUUUUCCAAACGGCUCGUGACUGCUAAUCCCACUCGCACCCGGUGGUAGAACAUGUCCCCUUUAAUGACUGGACGUCCUCCGGAGAGCCGCUCCUCACUGGAGCAGGGCUUUGGGCCGAACGUCGAAGUGGCAGGGAGCCUUAAACAAUGCAAGAAGGACCAUAGGUGUGUACCUAAUAGCUCAGGUAAACGGGGAUCGAACGCUGGGCCGGGCGGUGGUUCCCAACCGUAGUACUGACCUCGUUCUCCGAUUAUAAUACAGUAGAAACACACUAGGUGCAAUGUAAUGUAUAGAAGAUUAUGGAUAUUGAAUGAUUGGAUAAAAGCAUGUGGGGUGGGGUUUCAGUUAAUCUGGGUAUUAAAGCAUAGUGUUUGUUUAUCUGCUCAUUGUAUAGGUCACAAGGUUUUUGGAGCAUUGCAAAAAUAACAAAUCUCUUGCAUAGUAUAGUAUUUUAAAUGGUAUCUCCUUUUAAAAUACUAUACCAUUAAGUUAGUCAUUUUAUGGCGUUUUGGGAACCAUUGCUGCCAAUGGAGAAGUGAGUGAUGAUGAUGGUGAUUAUGAAGGAGGUGACUACAAUAGUGGGCCCUUUGGAAAUAUGAAAUGUAUGAUCAAUGUAGCUAACCACUUUGUCUGCAGUGAGCCUCGCUGCAGCUUUUUUUUUUCACUAACCACUGGCAUUAUCAUUUCUGAUACUACAAUAAAACUACAAAGUUUAUACCGAG